GUGUGUGACGGGCGACCAACUUUGCCCGCUUCUACUCCUCCCUUCCCUCAUGUCAAAUAAGCAUCUCUGUCAUCUAUUUUUGCCUUCGCUUGGGCCUCUAACAAACGCACAACGCAAGUAUAUUGCCAAUGUCGUGCAACGGUCCCUAGAUACAGAGCUGGUUAUUGCGGUGCAGUGUCCCAUGAUUCAAUCCACCACCAACAUUGACUCCAUUUGGCACGCCUUGCAAUCUACACUGGGCAGCAUCUACGUCGCGCAGCUAAAAGCAUCAUUUUCGGCCGACCGCCCGCUGUUCAACGCUAAUGUUGUUUUUGAAGAUGUAUGCGGAUAUCCUCUCAGUAUCGGUUCCUUCACCACCGCUUAUGUAAUCUCAACAGAUAAACCGCAUGUAGAUGCCUGGAACGAGGAACGGGUCCGCGCUGGGCUUGCCGAAUUGUCCAUUGUAUCCCUAGACUUAGAAGCCUCUGCCACAACAGAUACCCAUCAUCAUCCACCUCAGGAUGAACCGCACCCUCCGAAGAAUUUUCAUCAUGUUGCAGCCGGAGGCACUUUUGAUCACAUUCACGCCGGCCAUAAGAUUUUGCUAACCAUGACCGCAUUAUUAGCUGAUAAGCGUGUUGUUAUCGGCGUCACAGAUGAUUCCAUGUUGAAAAGCAAAAAAUACCGAGAGCUUAUUGCGCCAAUUGAUGAACGAAUUAAAGCCGUUCAUCAGUAUCUUCAAAGUGUGCGCAGUAACCUGGUGUAUGAUGUGGUACCAAUUUCUGAUCCGUUUGGUCCUACCGUAACCGAUGCGUCCAUCGAUGGCUUGGUCUGCUCGCAAGAAACAAUCAAAGGCGGUCAUGCGGUGAACGAAGAAAGGCAGAAAAAGGAGUUCCAACCGCUUGAUCUUCGUGUGAUCGAUGUUAUAUCGUCUGAUAAUGCGGCCGUAGAAGGUGAUGACAUGAAUGUCUUGAAAAUCAGCUCUACAUGGAUUCGGCAAUAUGUGUCCGAGCACCAAAAUCGAUAGACACACUUGAGUCUAGCUUUCCAUCGAGUAAUUUAAUAUUAUACUUGUCCCUCUAUCCAAUAUACAAUAGAUCCUAUCAGUCGACCACGAAAACAGUAUUCAUGAGAAAUGUCGACAUUGUGAGUUUUUCUCACCCUU